AUGAGUCAAAAUUUUGGUUUGAGAGAACUAUACCGACCAGCAGAUCAAGAACCUGAGAUCGAUAUUGUUGCGGUUCAUGGACUGAAUGGUGACGCAUAUCGGACUUGGACUUACACAAACCCAUUAACGGACAAUGGCAACAUUUGUUGGCUCAGUGAUCAAGACUUCUUACCAAAAUACAUUGGGCAGGCGAGGGUUUUGACCUGGGGCUACAAUGCAAACCUCACCACUCUGAGUGGGCCUACCAGCUCAAAUCGAAUCUUGCAUCACGCCCAAACGCUGGUGCAACACCUGUUUGCAAACAGAAGCGCACUGUCACACGCCGCAGAUCAAAUGGGUCCAACGACAUCUCACCUCCGCUCCAUAUUUACCUGCACCUAUGGUGUGUUCUUUUUUGGUACGCCGCACUUGGGCUCAGAGAAAGCGCAGCUAUUACACCAUCUGCAAAAGCUGGUCUCGGUUUCAAUUCCAAGAAGCAUAUUUCGCACUGAGACGCGUCUUGUCAAAGCUCUCAAGGCAGGAUCAGAAAUCCUUGAAGAGAUCAAUACGCAGUUUCUUGCAAUAGCAGGGGAGCUGAAACUAGUAUUCCUCUGGGAGGAGCAUCGCACCAAGGUGAAAGGGUUUGGCAAUGUUUAUAUUGUGGAACAGAGCAGUGCAGCGCCUUUAUUGCGCGACGUGCUCAGCUUCGGGAUUGCUUCAGAUCACCAGGGCAUGUGUCGUUUUGCAAGCAACCAGGAUGCUGGAUUCAUCACAGUGAUUUCUGAGCUACAGCGCUAUGCUCAAGACGCAACAGGCAGGAUCGAGAGAAGGCAGGUUCAAGACCGCGAACUCCUACAGUUAAAGCGCAAUGGCGAGGUUGCUGAACUGGUCAGGGUGAUUAACUUGUUAUGA